AUGUACAAUACUGUAAAAUCUCAAGAAAACGAUACUCAAAUAUUGAAUUCUAAAAAGCAAGAAAUUUAUGAACCUUCUAUUUACGAUGGUACAUAAGAAUAAAAUAUAGAAGUAUAAAUACAUAAAUAGAAUAGAAUUAGUAAUAAUUAUUAAACUAAUAUAAUAUAAGUCAAUAAUAUCAAUCUAUUAGACAAAUAAAUUCAUCAAUACCAUCAAUAUCUGGCCCUGCAAAUUAAAAAUUAUAAGAAUAAAAGUUAAUUAGUGAAUAGUAUGUAAGUUUUGGUGAAUAAAAUGAAUAAUCUUUACAAUCACAGAAGGAAGUAGCUGGCAAUGCAUUAUAAAAUUAUAAUGCAAAUUGUCACUAUAAAUCUAUUGAAAAAAAUUUUUCUGAUUUAUCUAUAAUUCAGAAUGAAUAGGUCAUUGCUCCAAAUUUGUUAUAAUGUUAAUAGGCAUUUUGCUACAUACUUGAAUAAAUGAUUAAUUUAUAACUUUAAACUCCAAACAUUUCUAUAAAAUUUGAUAAAGAAAUAGAGGGUUAUCUUCAAUUAAAAUAUUAACUAUAAAAAGAUGAUUUAAAUAAAUUGAUUAUAUAAGAAAAAGAACUUUUAGAAUUCUUUUAAGGAUGGUUUUCAUAUGAUAGCGAAAUAGACGAAUUAUAAACAAAAAGUAAUAGUAAUGGUAAUAUAUAAUAUCAUUUAAAUCUUAAUUUUUAAACUUAGUAUGAUUUUGAGAAUGAAUGUUUGAAAAAUUUCAAAAAAUUCAUUUUAAAUAAGAAAUAAAAUGAAUUAGAUAAAUUAAAGGAAUAUUAUUAAGAAUCAAACACUCUAAAUAAUUGGAAAAAAAUAAUGGAUGAUUUAAAAGUUAAUAACAUUUAAGUCUUUAUUAUGCUUUGUUUAAUUAAGGAUAAAGAACCAUAGAAUAAAUUUGCACAUUAUUAUAUUUAAUGGUGGUUUGAUUGGAAUUAGACUUCAGUUUUUAUAAAAACCAAAGAGAAAUAUUAAUGA